AGUGCGCACGGCUCCUGAGUGGCUAAUGGAUGUGAUAAAUUAUUUUCAUCUCCAGUUUGAGAGUCAGGAGCAUUUGAACUUGCCGUGGUAACUUAUUUGUAUCUAUCCGUAAGCUGUUAUCAGUUGUAGUGUGUGUGUGUGUGUUUGAGCAACGUGCUGUCCGGUGGCUUCUCCAAACCUCCCAGCUGGACAGAGAUGAGUAGUCCCGAUGCGGGUUACGCCAGCGACGAUCAGACCCAGGCAAGGUGUACGAUGUCAGUCAUGAUGCCUGGAAUGGGACACUGCCAGUGGGCCGACCCUCUCAGUCCUCUUGGGGACACCAAAGUGAAAAACGAGCCGUGUGCGUCCAGCUCCGGCGGCCAGAAUCGCGGGAAGAGCGAACCACGGAUCCGACGACCCAUGAACGCUUUUAUGGUUUGGGCAAAGGAUGAGCGUAAAAGACUGGCGCAGCAAAACCCGGACCUGCAUAACGCGGAGCUGAGCAAAAUGUUGGGGAAAUCAUGGAAAGCCCUUCCUGUAACAGAAAAGCAGCCUUUUGUGGAGGAGGCCGAGCGGCUGAGGGUUCAGCACAUGCAGGAUCACCCCAACUACAAGUACCGGCCCCGGCGGCGGAAGCAGGUGAAGAGGAUUAAGAGGCUGGACUCUGGCUUUCUGGUCCACGGCGUGUCCGAUCACCAGGCCUCGUCGAUGACCGGGGACGGCAGAGUGUGCGUGGAGAGUCUGGGCCUUGGCUACCACGAGCACGGCUACCAGCUUCCUCCACAGAAUCUCAGCCACUACCGUGAUGCCCAGGGUCUCGGGGGCCCUUCUUCUGACACCUACAGCCUCCCCACGCCUGACACCUCUCCACUGGACGCUGUAGAGUCAGACUCCAUGUUCUUCCCUCCACACUCUCAGGAGGACUGCCACAUGAUGCCUGCUUAUGCUUACCACUCCCAGGCAGCAGAGUACCAACCCCAGGACUCCCUCUCUAACCACCACAGCAACUCCAUCCUGCACCGACACCCGUCCUCAGCUCAAGAGCAGUCCGCUGCCCUUCCCCCUGCUUACAUGGGAUGCCCCAACCCUCUGGCUAUGUAUUACACACAGCACUGCAGCACCGGCCACCCCAAACGACAUCCUGGCGGGGCAGGACAGCUUUCCCCUCCGCCUGACUCCCACCCUCACUCAGCAGCAGACAGCAUGGAGCAGAUGCACCACUCUGAGCUGCUGGCUGAAGUGGACCGCAGCGAGUUCGAGCAGUAUUUAAGUUCCUCUUCGGCGCGCGUGGACAUGACAGGUUUGCCGUACGGCCCGCACGAGCCUGGCAUGCAAGGACCUGAAAGCCUCAUAUCAUCGGUGCUGUCAGACGCCAGCACAGCUGUGUAUUACUGUAGCUACAACAACUCCUAACCUCCUAACCGCCUGUUACCCUGCUGCAAAGGACACCUGAUCUGACCUCAAAUCUCUGUAGCUAAAUUUGAACAAAAAUGUUUUUGUAUUUUUAUUAUUAUUAUUUUUUUCUUAAUCACUACUGAGACAGAAGGCCCAUGAGAUUUAAAAAUGCAGCUUUGAAGAAGACUGUUGUACUGUAUCUGUGAAAGAACAGUUUGUAACAAGCCAUAAUAUUUUUAUUAUUAUUAUAUUAAUAUGAACACUGGUUUUAACUUUCUCUCUCGCAGGGAUAUGAAUUAAUUUUUGUGAUAACACAUAUUGUACAGUCACUAUUUUAAUGUCUGUGUAUAUAC